AUGCGAAAGGAAGUCGAAGUUCUCGAGGGGAAGGUUAAUAGCCUUGAAGAAGAUGGGCAAGAAAGUGGAAAGGCCGUUGCGGAUGCGCGAAAAAGGUUGGAGGAACUGGAUGACAGCAUCAAAGCUUUUGAAGGGUUCCGAGCGCAGAUCGAAAGUGAUUUCGAGAAUCAAAAAAGAAUGCUCAGAUUACUCAGAAACCAGCAGGAUUCUUCAAUGGGCUCGAUCAAAGAUGCUCUUCCAGACAAAAUGGUAUUUGAUGUGAAGGGCGACGGAACUUAUACGUUUCCACCCGACUUUGAGAAAGCCUUGCAGAAGUUGAUUAAGCAGACAUAUCCAUCAGACGGACCUACGGGGUUCGCCGAGACCGACAGGGAAACUCUUCAGCGAGACCCUGAUUGGAAUGACUUCCUAGAAAAGAAUGAGAAAAGACUAAGAGGUCUUAUUGAUGAACACACAGGUCUCACAUAUGACCAGUACAAAGAUCAAGUGUUGUUGAGUAAGGGGACUGUCACCCAAUUGAUCGAUCAGAAAGUCAGAGAGAAUGGAGAUUGGGCCGUCAACGUGUUUUGGCCAAAGAUUGAGAAAGAAUUCAUGGAGAGGCUUAACCAAGACUCUGUCCUUCCAACUCUUGUCGAAGAUGCAAUCAAAAAGUCGCCACUUGUUGUUGAUAGUGCUGUUCGAAAGUAUAUCAACCAAAGCCCACACUUCGCGCCUAAGGAGGGUUCCGCUUCCCCUACCUCAGGUUUCAGUUCCGAUGCCGAGGUCCCUUCACUUAGCGUACCAGACUAUGCCUCCCUUCUUACUGGGGGAAAAAUUUCCCCUUGGGCAACAUCACCAACAUUUGAAUGGUCAAGUAACAAAAACCGUUGGUUCUACGCUGUUUUUGGUAAACGACGCGGUGUUAUCGCACAGCCUACAGUUGCAAUCACUCCUACGAGCGACGUCGGCCAGUGCUGGCCCUUCCCUGGUGACCAAGUUUGA